UCCGGGGAGACCAGAUAUAGUGAAUGCAGGGUCCGGGGAGACCAGAUAUAGUGAAUGCAGAGUCCUGGGAGACCGGAUAUAGUGACUGCAGGGUCCAGGGAGACCAGAUAUUGUGAAUGCAGGGUCCGGGGAGACCAGAUAUAGUGAAUGCAGGGUCCGGGGAGACCAGAUAUAGUGAAUGCAAGGUCCAGGGAGACCGGAUAUAGUGAAUGCAGGGUCCGAGGAGACCAGCUAUAAUGAAUGCAGGGUCCGGGGAGACCAGAUAUAGUGAAUGCAGGGGUCCGGGGAGACCAGAUAUAGUGAAUGCAGGGUCCGGGGAGACCAGAUAUAGUGAAUGCAAGGUCCAGGGAGACCGGAUAUAGUGAAUGCA